GAGGUGCUUUUACUUCUCUACCUAAUCGUCUCAUUUCGACAGGCUGCCCUGGUGGAUCUGACACAGGAGUGUCUGGGCUUCUCUACCUAAUCGUCUCAUUUCGACAGGCUGCCCUGGUGGAUCUGACACAGGAGUGUCUGGGCUUCUCUACCUAAUCGUCUCAUUUCGACAGGCUGCCCUGGUGGAUCUGACACAGGAGUGUCUAGGCUUGACGUUGUCUGACCUGUAAUGUCACUCUCUCGCCUGUCUGUUUGCUCACGCUCAGUCUUGACUUAACCAGCCAGGGAAGAUGUCCUCCAACCCGUCCCCAGGAGCAGAGUCUGGACCUGGGGCCAAACCCAAACCCCAGUCCCCCUUGAGGAAGAGGGGUAGCCUGCAGUACUCAACCAGCCCAGUUGACCGUCGUGGUGCCCGCCACUUCCUGACUUCCCAGCAUUCUUUGCCAGGGAUCCCCGUGGUGCUGAAACAGACAAUUGACCUACGCACCUCCAUGGACGGCAAGUACAAGGAAAUUGCUGAGGAGCUGUUCUCUCGCAGUUUAGCAGAGCGUGAUACGCUCAGCGCCCCUUAUGAGUUCCCUGAGGACAGUCCCAUAGAACAGCUGGAGGAGAGACGACAACGACUAGAGAGACAGAUCAGCCAGGAUGUCAAGUUUGAGCCAAAUAUCCUUCUGCGAGCCAAACAGGAGUUAAUGAAGACUGACAGCGCUACUGACCUAGAAUACCUGAAGGAGCAGAGCCAGGCAUUCAUGGACCUGUACCCCAAGGAGAAAGAACGGGAAGGAGAGAAGGAGUACCAGCGCGUCGCCAUCUCUGGAGAGGAGAAAUGUGGGGUUCCCUUCACAGACCUGCUGGAUGCUGCUAAGUGUGUAGUGAAGGCCUUGUUCAUCAGGGAGAAGUACAUCGGCCUGUCCAUGCAGAGCUUCUGUCGGACCACAGCCAGCUACCUGGAGAAGCUCAGUGACAGACCUCUAGAUAUGGGCAUAUACGAGGAGAUCCCGGAGACCUCUGUUACUGCAGAUUUAGACCAGACGGUCCAUCCUCCCGUCUCCACCACUCACCCUUACGAGAACCAGGAACCUGCCUGUAUGCCUCCUGAUGUAGGCUAUGGCUGCAGGAUGGUAAACGGUGUCGUCCACAUCUACACUAAUAAGGACACAAUGGAGAAGAGCACAGAGUUGGAGCUUCCUUAUCCAGACCUACAGGACUACAUCAAUGACAUGAACGUCAUGAUGGCUCUCAUCAUCAACGGACCUGUGAAGUCGUUCUGUUACCGUCGGUUACAGUACCUGAGUUCUAAGUUCCAGAUGCACAUCCUGCUGAAUGAGAUGAAGGAGCUGGCAGCUCAGAAGAAAGUUCCUCAUAGAGACUUCUACAACAUACGCAAGGUGGAUACCCAUAUCCACGCCGCAUCCUGUAUGAACCAGAAACACCUGCUGAGGUUUAUCAAGAGGGCCAUGAAGAAGUAUCCAGGGGAGAUUGUGCAUGUGGAGAGAGGCAAGGGACAGACGCUCAUGGAGGUGUUCGAAACCAUGAACCUCACAGCCUUCGACCUGAGUGUGGACACACUGGAUAUGCAUGCUGACCGCAACACUUUCCAUCGCUUUGACAAAUUCAACGCCAAAUACAACCCCAUUGGGGAGUCCAUCCUGAGAGAGAUCUUCAUCAAGACAGACAACCACGUGCAGGGGAAAUACUUUGGACACAUCAUCAAGGAGGUGAUGGCUGACCUGGAGGAGAGUAAAUACCAGAACGUGGAGCUGCGUCUGUCCAUCUGCGGCCGCUGCAGAGACGAAUGGGACAAGCUGGCCCAGUGGGCCGUCAAACACCAAGUCUACUCUAACAACGUACGCUGGCUGGUGCAGGUCCCACGACUCUUUGAUGUGUACCACACCAAGAAGCAGCUGUGUAACUUCCAGGAGCUGCUGGAUAACAUCUUCAUGCCUCUGUUCGAGGUCACCAUCGACCCCGCCAGGCACCGUGAGCUGCACCUCUUCCUACAGCACGUGGUGGGCCUCGACAGUGUGGACGACGAGUCUAAACCAGAGCAACACUGCUUCAACAUGGAGAGUCCUCUGCCAGUCAACUGGACUGUGGUAGACAACCCUCCUUAUGCCUACUACCUGUACUAUAUGUACGCUAACAUGACCGUGCUCAACCACCUGCGCAGGCAGAGAGGUUUCAACACCUUGGUGCUGCGUCCUCACUGUGGGGAGGCGGGGCCUAUCCAUCACCUGGUGUCGGGUUUCAUGCUGUCAGAGAACAUCUCCCAUGGACUGCUGCUCAGGAAGGCCCCUGUGCUGCAAUACCUGUACUACCUGGCUCAGAUCGGCAUCGCCAUGUCUCCUCUCAGCAACAACAGCCUGUUCCUCAGCUACCACCGUAACCCUCUGCCUGAAUAUCUGUCCAGAGGACUCAUGGUGUCACUGUCCACUGACGACCCUCUACAGUUCCACUUCACUAAGGAGCCCCUGAUGGAGGAGUACAGCAUCGCUGCUCAGGUGUGGAAGCUCAGCUCCUGUGACAUGUGUGAGCUGGCCAGGAACAGUGUUCUGAUGAGCGGUUUCUCCCAUAAGGUGAAGAGUUACUGGCUGGGCCCUCACUACAUCAAGGAGGGCCAGGAGGGCAAUGACAUCCGACGCACCAACGUCCCCGACAUCCGUGUGGAGUACCGCUAUGAGACCAUGUGUGAAGAGCUUAACCUCAUCACCCAGGCCAUCCACACAGAGGAGCUGGCCAUCCACACAGAGGAGCUGGCCAUCCACACAGAGGAGCUGGAGGCCAUCCACACAGAGGAGUUGCAGGCCAUCCACACAGAGGAGGGAAUGCUAUGUAGGGGGCCUGUUUAAGGGGAGAGAGGAGGAGAGGAGGCUGUGUAAGGGGCCUGUUUAAGGGGAAAGAGUAGGAAGAAGGAGGAGUAAUAGGAAGGAGGAGGAGUAACAGGGAAGAGGGCAUCCUUCGUAUGGGGCCUGUGUAGGAAGAGGAGGUACGAGGAGCAG